AUGCAGCACAUCUCUCUCCUCAAGGUGCUGCUGGCUGUCGCCUUCGUCGUGGCCACGGCUCAGGCCGACCCGAUCGGCGAGUGCCUGCGCAGCCGGCCCACGCAGGAGCUGACCUGGGGCUCCGAGGGCUACCUGCCCGGCUCGCCCGGCGAGGCCUCGCUCACGGGGUGGCGCGUCAAGCUGGGCCUCACCGAGGCUCAGUUCAACGCCACCGUGCAGGAGGCGUUCACCUGGUACCGCGAGCGCUACGGCAUCGACACGACCCUGCUGGCCUACGACCCGUCGAGCGGCAUCGGCGUGUUCCCGCAGGGCUACAUGGUGCCCACCUACCUCAACGCCAGCGGCAACUACCGUCUGUGGUCCUCCAACAACCCGUUCACCAUCGGCAACUGCUACGAGAUGUCAGUCAUCGAACUGGUCUUCUUCUUCUACGACCAACUCGCGGGCACCCCCUACGGCGGGGCCUACGGCGACUGGGCGCGCGUGUACAACCCGGGCGGUAGCAACGUGUCGGUGGGCGAC